UGUUACUAUGGGGUAUGUUCACACCGACCCACCCCCAGACCUUACCAUUAGUAGGUAUUGCACUCUCAGUCUCGCCAUGUUGAAGUCAGAAUGGCCUGUAUUCACUAUCUUCGAGAGAACAGAGAGAAAUUUGAAGCGUUUAUAGAAGGGUCAUUUGAAGAGUAUUUAAAGCGUUUGGAAAAUCCACAGGAAUGGGUAGGACAAGUGGAAAUAAGUGCCCUUUCUCUUAUGUACAGGAAAGAUUUUAUAAUUUAUCGGGAACCAAAUGUUUCUCCUUCACAAGUAACUGAAAAUAAUUUUCCUGAAAAGGUAUUGCUGUGUUUUUCAAAUGGAAAUCAUUAUGAUAUUGUCUACCCCAUAAAGUAUAAAGAUAGCUCUGCUAUGUGUCAGUCUCUCCUUUAUGAAUUGCUGUAUGAGAAGGUAUUUAAAACUGAUGUCAGUAAAAUCGUGAUGGGACUAGAUACCUCGGAAGUAGCUGAUGAAGACAAGAAUGAAAUAUCAGAUUCAGAGGAUGACAGUUGCAAGAGUAAAACUACUGCUAAUGAUGUGAAUGGAUUUAAACCUUUGUCAGGAGACGAGCACUCCAAGAACAAUGGGAACUCUACUGGCCUUCCUUUGUCUAGAAAGGUCCUUAAGUCCCUUAAUCCAGCAGUCUAUAGAAAUGUGGAAUAUGAAAUUUGGCUGAAGUCUAAACAAGCUCAACAAAAACGUGAUUAUUCCAUUGCUGCUGGCUUACAAUAUGAAAUUGGAAAUAAAUGUCAAGUUAGGUUGGAUCACAAUGGAAAAUUUUCUAAUGCAGACAUUCAAGGGGUUCACUCUGAAAAUGGACCAGUUUUGGCUGAAGAACUGGGAAAAAAGCAUGUAUCAAAGAACCUCAAAGCAGCUCCUCAAGAAAGCUGGAACACAGUGUCCGGGAAGAAGAUGAAAAAACCUUCCACUUCUGGACAAAAUUUCCAUUCUGACAUGGAUUACAGAGGGCCAAAGAAUUCAAGCAAGCCAACAAAAGCCCCAUCAGCACUACCUCCUCGACUGCAGCAGCCUUCGGGAGUAAGACAACACUCAUUCUCUAGUCAUUCUUCAGGGUCACAGUCUCAGAAAUCCUCCAGUGAGCACAAAAAUCUUAGCAGGACACCCUCACAGAUUAUAAGAAAACCUGAUCGUGAGAGAGUUGAGGAUUUUGAUCACACAAGUCGAGAAUCUAACUAUUUCGGCCUUUCCCCAGAAGAGCGCAGAGAGAAGCAAGCUAUAGAAGAAUCUCGCUUACUCUAUGAGAUUCAGAACAGAGAUGAACAGGCUUUCCCAGCUCUUUCCAGCUCAUCAGUCAGUCAUUCAACUUCUCAGAGUAGCAACCCAUGCAUCCAGAGAAAAUCAUCACAUGGAAGCGAUCGGAAAGGAAGCAGGCGGAGAAUAGAUACAGAAGAACGAAAAGACAGAGACUCUCUCCAUGGACAUAGUCACUUGGAUAAAAAACCUGAGCCAAGCACAUUGGAGAAUAUUAACAAUGAUAAAUGUGCAACAGUUUCAUCACCAUCAAAGUCAAAGAAAUUAGAGUGCUCCUCUCCUGCUGAACAAAAGCCAGCAGAACAUGUGUCUUUGUCAAACCCAGCUCCCCUUCUGGUUUCUCCAGAGGUACAUCUAACUCCUGCGGUGCCUUCUUUACCAGCCACUGUGCCAGCCUGGCCAAGUGAACCUACAACUUUUGGACCAACAGGUGUUCCUGCUCAGAUUCCCAUCUUGUCAGUGACACAGACUCUGACCACUGGACCUGAUUCUGCUGUAUCCCAAGCUCAUUUGACACCCUCUCCUGUUCCCGUGUCAAUACAAGCAGUCAACCAGCCCUUGAUGCCUUUGCCUCAGACGUUGAGCCUUUACCAAGACCCACUCUAUCCUGGGUUUCCUUGUAAUGAAAAGGGAGAUCGAGCCAUCGUACCACCUUACUCACUGUGUCAGACUGGGGAGGACCUGCCUAAAGAUAAGAACAUUCUUCGAUUCUUCUUCAAUCUUGGCGUGAAGGCAUACAGUUGUCCAAUGUGGGCCCCACAUUCUUACCUGUACCCUCUGCACCAGGCCUACAUGGCAGCCUGCAGGAUGUACCCAAAGGUCCCUGUCCCUGUGUAUCCUCAUAAUCCUUGGUUCCAGGAAGCUCCUUCUGCUCAGAAUGAAAGUGAUUGCACCUGUACUGAUGCCCACUUUCCUAUGCAGACUGAGGCCAGUGUUAAUGGCCAAAUACCACAGCCAGAGAUUGGACCGCCGACAUUUUCUUCACCUCUGGUUAUCCCUCCAUCUCAGGUGUCUGAAAGUCAUGGACAGUUGUCUUACCCAGCUGAUAUUGAAUCUGAGAACCCUGGGCAGCUUCUUCAUGCUGAUUAUGAAGAAUCACUAAGUGGCAAGAAUAUGUUCCCACAGCCGUCCUUCGGACCCAAUCCAUUCUUAGGCCCGGUUCCUAUUGCACCUCCUUUCUUUCCCCAUGUUUGGUAUGGAUACCCUUUUCAGGGAUUCAUAGAAAAUCCAGUCAUGAGGCAGAAUAUUGUCCUGCCCUCUGAUGAGAAAGGAGAAUUGGAUCUGUCCCUGGAAAAUCUGGAUCUCUCUAAAGAAUGUGGUCCAGUUUCAGCCGUAGAUGAGUUUCCAGGAGCCAGGGGUGAAGGCACACAUUCACUCACAGAAGCAAGCGUGAGCAGUAAGCGUGAAGGCCGGGCGGAGCAGUCCUCCCAGACGCAAAAGGCAGACCUUGCGCCAGCGUCUGUCCCUCCUCUAGCAGAGGGGAAGGCGCAUCCUCCCACACAGAUUCUAAACAGAGAGAGAGAAACGGUGCCUGUGGAACCUGAGCCUAAAAGGACCCUUCAGAGUCUGAAAGAAAAACCAGAAAAGAUGAAAGAUCCUAAGACUACUGCUGAUGUGGUCAGCCCUGGGGCCAACUCUGUGGAUAGCAGAGUGCAAAGACCAAAAGAAGAGAGUUCAGAAGAUGAAAAUGAAGUGUCUAAUAUUUUGAGAAGUGGUAGAUCCAAGCAGUUCUAUAACCAGACUUAUGGAGGCAGGAAGUACAAAAGCGAUUGGGGCUAUUCUGGUAGAGGUGGAUAUCAGCAUGUGAGGGGUGAGGAGUCCUGGAAAGGGCAGCCAAGCAGAAGCCGGGAGGAAGGUUAUCAGUACCACCGCAACAUCAGAGGACGACCUUACAGGGGAGAUAGGAGGAGAUCAGGAAUGGGAGAUGGCCACCGGGGACAACACACUUGAUGGUGGUUGCUAGAGUGUUUUCAAGCGGAAACUCUUUGUUAGGUAGAAUGUUUCUGAAGGCUUUAAAAAAAGACGUUGAAAUAAAAACCCAAAUUGGAACAUUCUCCCUCCCGCCCCCUUCACUUCCGUACUGGACAAGAGAUUUUGGGCGUGAGUUCAAGGGGGCAGGUGAAUUCCUGGCAUUGCCGGUUUUCUUCAUUCAGAUCUGUUUGAUUUAUUUAUCAGGUGACUGCCCCCAUAAAAAGUAGAAGAUAAGUUUGUUAAAGUAUUUUUUAUAAACAGCUUAAUAUAAAACAUUAUAGAUUUAGUGUUUGGUUUUUUUCCCUUAUAUAAGUUUGAUUUCAUACGUUGGAAAUGUGUGCUUUAUAGUGUUUACUAAAGUGACAAAAUAUACCAUUUGACACACUAUAGAUUCCAAACAUAACAUUGCACCAAAUAGAAAUGUAUAUUUUAUUAUGCAAUGCCUUAGUCAUAAACUGGGCUCAAACAAUUCUCAGCCUAAAACACUGUUGUCUUUUAAAAUGCUUCCAACCCAAAGGCCUUUCAUCUCAAUAUCUGUCAAACUUGAAUAAUGUCUUCUCUUUAAUAUUACACAUAAGGCAGCCUAUUAACCUGUGUCUUAGAAAUGUUGUAUAUAGUUCUUUUAAUAUUCAUAGGGUAUAUUUUUGAAUUUUGGUGAGUAUUUGUUGAACUUGAGCUCACAUAUAAGGAGAUGUUUAAGGAAUAGUAGGAAAUCCAAUGAAAUGGCUGUUUCCACCAAGAAUUCUUAGCACUGGUGUAAAUAUCAUGGUGCCUACUCGAAUGAAAUGUAGAUGCUAUGCAUUUUGAAAAUAAUCUGCAUCUGUUAGAACUGCAGAAGUUUUUUAAUGCCACUUUAACACUAAUGCACUGACAGAUUCUAAAUAUUUUGUGAGAAGAAACGUUAAAAAUUUUUAGCUUGACAGGUUUCUAUAGAGAGUUACUAUGUUUCGUUUUUCUCCUUGCACCACUGGUUGUAUAUCACUUCACAUUUGCAUGUCAACUUGUCAUGGCUGGAACUAUUGUACAAAAAAUGAUUGUGACUUCUAGUUAUUUUCUAGAGGAUGCUGCUAGAAAAUGGUUUUGCUUUGCAUUUCGUAGCUGGUUACCUUUAGGUACAUGUCUUUGAUCCUGCUUCCUUCCAGUCCUUGCAGUAUUACACUAGCGGUUCCCUGUGCAUGUUGCACCCUGUUCCCAUUUGGAGAUUGGACUCCCUGAAUUAACACAGUAUUCAUUCACCUGUGUUACUUUGUAAAAAUAAUUGUCGCUUAUAUUAUCUGUACACACCAAUGUGAAAAGCUACCCUUUUAAAAAUGUUGAGAUUACCUUUUGAUCAGGAAGUUUGAGUGCUAUGCAAAUAACAGUAGUAAUUUCUCUUUGCAUGUCAUAUGUAAUAUACCUAGCCAAAAAUGGGUGUGGUGGCUUACUUUCUUUUAUUUGAAGCAGGUUACUUUAAAAACAAAUACAAUUCACUUGAAUUUGACAAACUGAAGCAGAUGAGUCUUUUGGGUUCUUUGAUAACCCAUAGGAAUGCUUGGAUGCCAGCUGGGCUCAGUGACUCUCCACUGUACUGUAAUGAUGGUUAUUUACCUCUGUGCUGUCUGUGUAACUGCUGAUUUGAGUAAUGAUUAGCAUCUAGAUAUUUUGUAAUAUAGGAUUUUAGGGAGCACUUUGGAAGAUGACACUUUAUUACGAUGGUGCUAGGUAAGAAUCUGUAUACUAGAGUGGUUGUGUUGAAAAAUGUUGAGAGCGCCCGGCGAAAGGGGUUUGUUGUCACCUUCCAAGCAGGACAGUUCUUGGGGGUCCUGCUUGAGCCAUUCUUCUUUUCUUAAAUCAGGGGCUGAAUUAUGGAACAAGAAGAUGAGAGGGUCCUCUACUUUCAGCCCUUGUGUUUUUAAACGUAGGAUUAGCUUACCUGAUAAUUUCAGUGAAAAUCACAUUUUGAUAUUAAUGCCAGAUUUGAAGGUUCAAUAUAAGUUUGAUCUCAGGAGUCCAAAAGAAAUUGCUGUUUCCAGUGUUUUUGUUUUUUUUGACUGGCGUUUGAUCUCAGUUUUCUGAAAUGUUUAGAAAUCGGAUAGGAAAGAAUACUAUUCAUUUCUUCACUAUCACUCUGUCUUACCUCAAUGGAGUAACAGCUCCUGAAGGAAACACUGAUUUGCUUCCUGUUUCCCAGGCCUCACCUCCAGGCCAUGAUGGAAACAGUGCUGAAAGAGAAUUUUAGCAGAUGGUACUUCUCUCAGUGACCUCUGGAAUAAAAGAACUGACUUUUGAUAGUUCUAAAAUCAUCAGUCUUUGCAUGCAGGUCAGUUUUUUUUUCUUUUUCCUUUAGUUUCUUUCUUUCUUUUUUUUUUUUUUAAUGUUUUAGUCCAGGGGAUUUUGCCUUAUGCUGAGGUCACACUAAGGCCAAGCAAGUUUUUGUCCUCCUUCAUUUUAGCUGUGUGUCAUACUAUAUGUUGACAUAAGGUGUAGUAUUUCUGUGUAAGAGAAUAGAAGCAAAAGUAGAGAACUGAGAACCACUUGUGUUUUGACUUGGAAAUUAUGAAACUUCUUAUAUACAUUUUGAAGAACAAAUGUUUAGACUGACCAAAGCUCACCUGUUCUUUUUGUUUUAGUUAGGUGCUUUGGCUGAACCUGAUUCCAGCCCCCUUUCCUUUUAGUAUAUUGUAUGUAUGUCUCCUCAAGAUCAUUUCCUCUCAGAUAAUUCUCUAACUCUUGCCGUGUGCUCCUUGGCAGCAGGAUGCUGGCAUCUGUAUAGUCUUCGUGCUGUGUGCUGGUAACCCACAAGUUCAUGUUCUUGGCAGACUUAAGGUCAGAUCCUGCCUUGUACCUGGCAGAAGUAGGUUUUCCCAAAUCACAAUGCUCAUACAGCUUAUUUGGUCCAGACUAUGUCUUCUUGCAGUGUGUUGUUUCCUUUGUGACUCAAGGUUGAGUUAAAAUGCCUGUGAACUGCAAACUUGCUUAUGAUUGACUUGGUGCAAUAAAGUUCCUUUCUAACCAUUUCUGGUUUAGGAAACAUUCAGCCAUCCUAGAUACUAGCAAUAUUUAUUUUUGCCUCAUUUGUUUUACCUUCAUUUUUGUAUGAGGUAAACUGUCUUUCACUUAAGGGUACUAAGCAAGGUCCAUUCUAGUGUAGCUGAAGAGAAUGUAUAUUUGGCUACACUAUUUCUGUUUACUGUAUUUUGCUUCGUGUAUGUCUAAAUGCUUUUGUUUUUGUUUAAAAUCUUAAUAAUGGCUCACUUCCAGUAUGUCAAUUUCAAAGAACUAAGGUUUUGCUACUAGUGUCAGCCAUUUACUCACUCAUUAAUUGGGGUUUUUUUUUUUUAAACAAAUUUUUCCCCCUGAAAUACAAGUUUUAGAAAAUCUUAGAAGAGGGUUGGGUGCAUGUCUUAAUGCUGGGAGGCAGCAACUUUGGGGUUGAAUCUACUUGAAUGGAUUAAAAAUUGCAUUGUUACAGAGCUUAGAAGAAAAUUUAUGUAUGAAAAAUAUUAGCCUUACACUGAGUACAAAUAAUACUUAAAAGCAUGUGAAGAUGUGAUCAUUUGUGAUGUUACUUGUAAAAAAAAGUAUACAUAUCUUUUGAAGUGUUGAAAGGAAAAUAGUACUUUAUAUUCUUUAUCAUAUCCCUUUUUGUAAGUGUUGAAUAUAUUCCUGUUUAUUUUUCUAUGUUCUGUUUUGUAGCCUUAAGAAGUGUUCCAAACAUAUCUGAAUGUAUAAAAUAAGAGUAAAUGCCCUACAUGGUGUGAUGCUGCAUUAUAUAUAAAACUGUGUGCAUAUAUUAAAUUUUGUCU